AUGACUGAUUUAUCACUAACAAGAGACACGAAAUCGCCGAUGUAUCAAGAACAUGUCUGUGCUGAAGAUUUCUAUAAACAACCACGCAGUGUUUAUGAGAAUGCUGUGAUUGUGGUUAAAAGUAUCGUUGAAACUCAGGCUUUGGAGAAUAGAGAGAUACAACAGGGAAGGAAUGAAAAUGGGGAGAGAAGGGCGAGUAGUAGUUGGAGGUUUGAAAGUGAGGUUGUAUGGAACGAGGGGGGGAGAAGUGGAUAUUAUGAGAAUACUGGAGGCGAGAAGAAGAUAGAAAACGAGGCAGUACAGAGUUCUAUGCCGAAGAUGGAGACACAAAGUGCAGAACAGACAAAGUUGAUUGAGGGGAAUGCGCAGCAGGAGAGAAGAUCUGACACCGAGGUACUGGUUAGAAAGAGUACAGAAAAUAGCAAUCGGUCGGUGCGAGAACAGGAAGAGGGUCCCAAGGGUGGAAGAGGCCGGGAAACGACUAUACCGGCUACCACGCCGGAUCAAUGCAAUAUCCCACCGGAGAGCAGCCCAAAGACGACGGCCAGCCAACCACCAUUGGAAAGAGUAGACCACAUUUUGCAGGCCAGAGGAAGCCGUCCGCAAAAUUUUGUCGGGAAAUCCAUUGGUCUCGACGGAAAUGAAAUCCUCGACGGAACCAAAAUUAGCCACGGAGCUGAAAUCAGCCUUGACAGAAAAGAAAUCCGUCUCGACACAGAUGAAGUCCGUAUAGAAGGAAGGGGAAUCCGCAAAGCGCUCGAAUCCAAUAGCAAUGGCUGGAAGCAUGCAUUCGAGCUAUUCGAACUGGGAAAAGUCCCAGAUAGCCGAGCCUUUCUGGUUGAUGUCCUGGGAAAGUUCAUAAGCCGUCGUUCUCGCUACUGGGAUGGUAUCAAAAAACAAGGCUUCAACGUAGAUGAGUAUCGAAAGUCCGACGAUGACGAUUUAUUCCUUCAAAUUUCCUAUACCGACGCAGCGCUCGAAUCACUACGAAAAGGAGACACCAUACGUGCAAUGGAGUUGGUCCUAAAGGUUAUGCCAGUCCUGGGCCGCCGCAUUGCAAAGAAAAGGACCUGGAUACUGAAUAUUGAAGUGGUUGAAGUGCUCAUUCUUCUUUUCUAUAUUCCUCUAAAACAUUCCAAGCAGCCACUUCUGAAAUCUAUGGAAGACGACAACAAUGUUUUCCAUAGAAUGGGUUUAACUCAAUUUAUGGAUGUCGAUUACUUUCUUAUUUUAGCUAAUGAGAGAACUGCCGUUGGUCUUAAGUGGUGUUUUCAGUUACAUUUUUUGUUUGCGAUGCUGUUAGAUGUCGACAAGAGGUAUUCAUAUUCCUCUAACAAACAGAUGCUAUGGCUGGAUGCACUUAUAGAUAGUCCACAUUUGCGGGAGCCCGUGAGGAGAAUUGUGGUCAAGAUGUUCGGGCUUGAGGCCUUGAGAUAUGAGACGGAGGCGGCGGUAACGGGAGCGAGGAGCAACUGGAGUAGUAGGCAAGGAGUAAAAUGGCUACAAAAUAUACCCGCGGCUCAUUUGUACUUGUUCGCUUCGUGGGGACAUCAGGAAAUGAUAUUGGAGAGUCUAGAGACGCUUUACAACCUUGAAACGGUCGUGGGUUGGGAUGGGACAACCUUACCACGACCGUCAUCGAGACUGCCUAAGUUACCCGAGAUUCAGAAUGUACUACAAGUAAUGCCGCAAUCUCGGAAUCAGUUAUCCUUGGGAAAAUACUCUGAGGCACAGGCCCCAGAUUCGGCAGGGAAGUUGGGGGAAAAGGGAGAAUAUCCGCCAGCACCUCGGCGCCAGGGAUCAAUACGCCACCCUUCCCCUUGGGAAUCAGGGCUAUCAUCAUCAUCUUCGAGCCAAGUACAACCUCGCAAGGUUUCUAAUCGAUCAAUACCGGAUAUAGAGUCGAGUGCACCUUUAACACCAAGAAGCCAAUUAUCCUCGGCUCGUUCUCAAAGCAUGUCUUACAGUAGCACGGGAGACUGGGUCAUGGGCCAAUCUGUACCGAAUAUUUCAACUUCAACUGCACCGCCACUACCCCUUCCAUACCCACGCACAGUACCCUCCGCUGAGGAUAAGAAACUGAAAUCACAACGUCUCGCUAAUCUCCGCGACCAACCGGUCCGGUAUGUAGAUGAUUGUGAAGACGAAGAACUAAACGUAGUCACCGACUACAAACAAGCCGUUCGAAAUUCUCAAAACCUUGAUGUCUAUAUUGGCACUCUUGCCUCCCUCCACCUCAUAAAUUUUAUCAGUGGUGACCCGGAUUACAGACCCUGGACACCCCUUAUAGAGGCGAUUUGUAACCAACGCUGGGAGGCUGCUAAAACCCUUAUUCGCCUGGGUGCGUCCUUCGAUCUCGGAUCUCCGUUUCACACAACAUUAAGCCGACACUUCAUGUCGGGCUCUCGUUCCCGUUGUGAAAAGCUGGCUGAAAUGAAGUUGGUAAACACUGGCGGAUUAUCAGUUGAUCAAUAUUUUUUCAAGGAAUCCAUGAAACUUAUCGAUUAUAUGAUCGCAGCUGGCGCCGAUAUCAAUGCCGUUGGAACUGCAAAUACUGAUCAAGUAUCACAGAUCAAAACAUAUCCUCUUCAUUUAGCAGCGUUGGAUGCAGUGCCUAACAGUUCUUUGGUUCUGAAGCUAUUAGAGAUGGGGGCUGUUGUGUGGGCUGCUGAUGCGAACGGGGAGUUUGCAGUCGAGUAUGCAAGACGAGCGGGAAAUGAGAACACGAUCAAGUUGUUAGAGGAGGCUAUGAAGCAGAAAUAA